AUGGGACCUGCCCCACCACUACAAGGUUUUGCUUCUAGUUCACUCACCCCCAAGAAUGAAAACAGCUUGAUUCCGGACAUUCCAGCAACUGUAGCAGCUGUUAAGAAUCCAACCUCAAAGAUUGUUUAUGAUGAGCACAACCAUGAGCGUUACCCUCCAGGUGACCCCAGCAAAAGGGCAUUUGCUUAUUUUGUGUUGACAGGCGGCAGGUUUGUGUAUGCUUCCCUGAUCCGCCUCCUCGUAUUGAAGUUUGUUCUCAGCAUGUCAGCAAGUAAGGACGUUCUUGCUCUAGCCUCUCUUGAGGUUGAUCUAUCCAGCAUUGAACCUGGUACCACUGUCACUGUUAAGUGGCGUGGAAAGCCAGUCUUCAUUAGGCGCCGAACUGUGGAGGAUAUCAAGCUGGCAAAUAGUGUUGAUGUGGGUUCCCUCCGUGACCCUCAGGAAGAUGCGGCCAGAGUUAAGAAUCCAGAAUGGCUAGUUGUUGUUGGGGUCUGCACUCAUCUGGGGUGCAUCCCCUUACCAAACGCUGGUGAUUUUGGUGGGUGGUUUUGCCCGUGCCAUGGUUCUCAUUACGACAUUUCUGGCAGGAUUCGCAAGGGCCCAGCACCGUAUAAUCUGGAGGUACCCACGUACUCUUUUUUGGAAGAGAACAAGCUACUGGUUGGAUGAGCUCUAAAGAUGAGAUUCUUUCCGGUGGAUGGUGGGAUUUUAGAAUUUCUUUUUAUUCAAGAGUGUUCAAUACUUGUGGCUUAUAUCUUUAAUUUGGGCAUGUUCACUGAUGCUUAUGAAACUUGGAUAUUGCAAUGGCGGUUGACGCAUGUGUUGCUCUGAAUACUGAAUAAGUUUUCUGUAGAUGACGAUACAAAAUGAUCUGAAAAUCAUGAUGAUAUCAAGGAUGCUGCUUAGUUAAAUAAUUUAAGGAUGUUUUGUACUCUGUUCCCAAAAGGCUAAUGUAUUUGUUGCUGGUUUGGUUUGGUUUCACGUUUUGUAAUAUGGAUGGGUUAAAUUCUUCCACC